UGAUACACUGUAUGUGAUUUGAUGAUCUGCACCGGCGGCAACUACUCAUGAGCGCGUUCCAUGAUUGCCAAGGUCCCAUGUCUGAGACUUUCUGGGAGAAUUUUCAUCAGGGCUCCCAUAAGUGCAUGUGUUUCUUCUGUAUCCGGUGCCAAUUGCAUCCAAACAAACCCUCAAGAUGAUCAAAACCCUCCCGAUUCCUCAGAAUUUGAGGCAAAGGUUCAGUCCUUGAAGAACAAGCUUCACCCAGAAACCCUAAUGCAUGUAUUGUCUUCGACCCACAAUUUGAAUGCUUCAUUGCGAUUAUUUAAAUGGGCUUCCCUUCAAAACCGGUUUCGACACACCACUGACACCUAUUCCCACAUAAUCAUGAGGUUAGGAAUGGCUUGUAGAGUUGAAGAAGUGGAGGGAUUUUGUAAUGAAAUGGUGAAAGGUGGAUUUUCAGCAUCAGAACAAGUUCUCUUAGGAUUGCUCGACAGCUUUAUUAGGUAUCAUAGACUCGAUGAAGCUUUGAGGGUUCUUUUUGUGCUCAACUCAUCCAGCUAUAAGCUUUCAAUUGCUUUGGUUAAUCGUUUGUUAGGUGCUCUAGUGAAGGAGAAGAAGGGACUUGAGUGUAUUUUAUUUGUAUAUAAAGAGAUGGUGAAAGCAAGUAUUGUUCCAACGACUGAAACCUUGAAUUAUCUCUUGGAGGCUUUGUUUGAAGCAGAUCGGAUUGAUGCAGUGCUAGAUCAAUAUAAACGAAUGCAGAAAAAGGGAUGUUGCCCAAAUAGCCGAACCUUUGAGAUAAUGGUAAGUGGUCUUAUUGGUAAGAAUCUGUUGGAUGAAGCUCUUGUUGUUUUAAAUGAAAUUCUGGAAACUGAGUGUGAGCCUGAAUCACAAUUUUUCUCCCACAUAUUACCUUUAUUGUUUAGGAUGAAUAAACCGGAGGUCGGGCUGAAAUUGUUUGAGAAGAUGAAAACUUUUAAGGUUGUUCCAGAUUUUCCAGUGUAUGAGGUUUUGAUACAGUAUUUCUCUAAGAGCCUAUGCAUGGAUGAUGCAGUAAAUCUUCUGAAUGAGAUGAUACAUAUUGAUUUGAAGCCAUCAGAUUGUGUAUUUGUUGAUUUGGUAGAUGGGUUUUGUAUGUUAAACAAGUUGAAUGAGGCUAAAAAGCUUCUUGAAGAUAAACAAGUUAUGGAAGUUAAUUCGUAUAGCGCUCUUCUUAGAGGUUACUGCCAAGCCGGCAAUUUUGUUGAGGUGAUUCAGUUAUUUCAGAAAAUGGUAGAAAAGAACAUAACAAACCCUUCUUCCUGGAACAUUUUUAUCAGGUACCUUAGUGAGAAUGGAAGAUGUGAUAUAAUAUAUGGAGUUCUCAAGAGGAUGAUUGUUUCUACUUCUAUGCCUGAUUCUGACACUUACUCUGCUCUUAUUGUUGGAAAAUGUAAAUCAAAUGAACUUGAUGGUGCUCUCAAAUUGUUUCAUCAUGUUUGUGAGGAACACUGGAUUGUAGAUUCUGCAUGUUACGCUACUCUAAUCAGAAGUCUUUGCAAACUGGACAAGAUUCAAGAAGCUUUUGAGGUAUUCUGUUACAUGUCAUUUAACAAAUGCAGUUUAUGUGCAUCUUCGUUCAGUAUGUUGAUCAGGGGAUUGUAUCUAAUUGGGAAAGUAGACGAAUUAAUACACUUGCCACCACUUGCUUAUUAUUCUGGUAAAUCUUGUUCUAAUUCAGAUUACGGUAUUAUUAUGAAGAGCUUAUCUAAGUUAUCCAAAGGAAACGGUCUUCUGGUUAUUGUUGCAAGAAUGGUAGUAGAGGGUUGUCCGCAAGAUUCUGAAUCUUAUAACGAGCUCAUAAAGAGCAUGAGUGAGCAUCAUCGAGCGACGGAAUGCGCCUUGUUUCUUGAUCUAAUGGUCAAUGAAGGGUUUGUGCCCGAUACAGAAAUAUUACACAAUUCCAUUUCUUGUUUGGCACAAGAUUUUCGUUUGCAUAUGGUUCUGCCUACAAUCAAGAAGUUGUUUUCUGAUCAUGACGUGGUUAAUCCUACAAUUUGCAACAUACUGAUAAACGGGUUUUGGAAAGAAGGGUAUAAACAUGAAGCCGGUUGGCUAUUGGAUGUGAUGUUGGAAAAAGGUUGGGUACCAGAUGCUACGACCCAUCGGUUGUUGGUCAACUCUGGUGGUUGUGAAGAAGCAUCUAGUGAUGAAAAUGGCAACACAGAAGAUGAGAUUAUGAGCAUACUUUCUGAGGGGUUUAGUGAAGUAUAACAGACCAUGUGUGUGUAUCAGGCAGGCUUAAAGAGAAGCGGCGACUGUGUUCAAGAACAGAGGCAUCUUUGAGUUCCAGAAGACUGAGAGGGACAGCAUCCUGUAACAGCAAAAAGGAGAAUGAUUUUCUGUUGGGAGUUCUCUCAUUCUUUUUUGGUUUUUGUACUUUUUUCAUUUUUUACAGCAUCAGUAACGAACAAUCGUAGGGUUUACGAUAUCCAUAUACGCAUCGAAUAAGGUAGAAGGUGCUAACGUUAUAAACUGAAUCCAACAGUAACAGCGGGAAAGCAGAAUCUGAUCCAAAUCAAGGAAUCCAAUUGAGUAACCAUCAGCAGCAACAAACUCGAGCCAGUCUCUCAAGCCAUCCCUAUCCCUAAAUUGAAAUUGAAUGAAAUAUCGGUUUCAAUUUGUUUCUGGAUCAACCCACACCCGGUAUGUUUUUCUCUUUUUGUUUAAUUUUUUUGAUUUGAACAAUCUGCUUGACUUUUAGUUAUUUAUCUACAUGGAGAAUUGAUGUUGAUUUAUCCACUUUAACUUUGAUAUUAGUUCUUCCAUGUAACAGUAAAUUCACCCACAAACAUAGAGGUUUUUGAGGUUCUUAUUUCUAUUUUAAACCCUAGCUGCUAGCUACGAUAAGAGGAUGUUGGCAGUUUAAAGAAAAACCACACACUUGUCUGUACAUGUGUGUAAUUUGUAUGAUCAUACGGAUGCUUAAGAUUCUUCGUUGUUUGAACUAUGGAGCGCUCUUGUAAACCCUAAUGCGGCUGUAAUAAACUUUGUUAUGUCUUAGAAAUCCAACCACACACACGGGUGACAGCUUUUUUAGAUGGUUUGUUUGGUAAAACUAUCUGAAGAAAAAUGAAGGGUUUAUUUUAGGGGAUCAGAAGAACCUUGAUGACAAUGCUGAGAGACGGGUUAUUUGGUUGGAGUCUUUGAUUUCAAUAUGGAAGAGAUGAUUUCUUGAGGAAGUAGUUAGAGAAAAAUGAAAAGAGAAGAUCUUAUCAUGAGUAAGGCCAAGGCCAAUGAUACCUCCAAUCAGGUGCAAUACAUGCUUACUAAUCUCUCUCCAAUGAAUUGGUUCACUGUUGGAUUAGUUGCUCCAUACUUCUUUGUAGAAGAAUAAAAAUUAUUGAUCUUUAUAUAUGUUGACCUCUUUUAUCUGGUGCCUUUGUGGUUAAAUUUUGAAGCUUUUUGUUAUCUUGGUAAAUAAUUGAAAUGUUAUCC